AUCUAAUAAUCCUAAAAUAGGAAGGUGAUCAAUUAGUUAGUUUUUCUUAUUCACAAUUUCACAUGAUCAUUUUCUUCUAAACAAGUAGGUGAAAGAAGCAACAUGGAGCCAUGGAGCAAUCUCAGUGCCAAGGUGAUCAUGGUGACAGAGGCAUCCCCUGGCCUAGGCCGGGAAUUCUGUCUCGACUUGGCCAAAGCCGGCGGCAGGAUAAUCGCAGCCGCUCGUCGAGUGGACCAUCUGAAGUCACUCUGUGAUGACAUCAAUCGCCUCACCCCUCACUCUUCCAAUGGUCCUGUAGCCAUAGCGGUGGAGCUUGACGGCUCGGCAGCAGGGGCCACAAUUGAGAAGGCCGUGCAGCAGGCUUGGGAGGCAUAUGGGAGAAUUGAUGCUUUGGUUAACAAUGCUGGGUCGUGGCUGGUAUCAAAGUAUGUCUGCAUGCGUGUGCGUGAUGCCAAACGUGGAGGGUCAUUAAUCAAUAUUUCUUCAAUUGCUGGACUUGACCGUGUGCAAGCAUUUGGGGUCCUUGCGUAUGCUUCUUCAAAGGCAGCUCUACGCGCGAUGACUAAGGUGUUGGCCUUGGAGUUGGGUGCACAUAACAUUAGAGUGAACGCAAUGGCACCAAGGGUUUUCAGAUCGGAGAUUACAAAAUGUAUGUUUAAGAAACAGGGACUAAGUAACUUUAUUGCGAAAGUUGCUCCUCUAAGGAGUUUGGGCACUACUGAUCCAGCCUUAACUUCCCUUAUCCGAUACCUAAUCCAUGAUUCUUCAGCAUAUGUCUCAGGGAACAUUUUCGUUGUUGAUGCUGGGACCACAUUGCCUGGUGUUCCCAUUUUCUCUUCCCUCUGAACCGGUGUUUGUUAUGUUUUGAACAAUUAUAUUUGUUCUAGAAUUGUUUAACAUUUAGGAAAUUAUAUUGUAAUGAUUAAUCAUUAAAGAAUAAGGAUAAACAAGGGCUAAAGUAUAUGUUUAGCCAUUUUAUUAAUUUUAAAAUUUUUAGUUACUCUACUUGUAUUAUGAAGUUUUUAACCCUUAAAUGUAACGAUUUGAAUAUUUUAUCUCCUAAACUAAUACAAUUUAUUAACUUUU